AUGAGAUGCUAUAAUGAAGAUUGCAAUUUAAUUCCUGAUUUUGUAUGUGCUUGCUCCCUUCCUCCAGUCCGAUCCUGCAGCAUUCAUUUAUCAGCCCACUUGGAAUCUCAAUCAAAUGAUCCUCAUUACUUUCAGCCUUUAAGAUCCAGAGUAAAAUUAGGCCACAUGUCAAAACAGAAAAUGAUUAGUGGCAUAUCAAAAAAUGCUCAAAUGCUGAAUUUUCCAAACCUAAGUCUUCUUCCCCAGCAUGCUGCUCAUAAAUCAAAAAAUCAAAAAAAGAUUGAAAAAACUUUAGCCAAUAUGAGUAUCAGAAACCAGAAUGAAAAUGCAUAA